GGAUGCCUCGUUUCUCACGGUAAAGUCCGCACUCGUCCUGGUGCUGGCUGGUGCUGGUGAACCAUGACGCUGAAGGGCAUCAUUGGUGGUAGGAGUAAGAUGACAGUUAUGGAUGUUCUGUCAAAAAUUGCCACUCGCCAACCCGGUGUAACAAAACCGACGUUUAUAUCCGUGCCGCGUACGACACGCGAAUAUCCCUUUUCUAAAGUCGUCAAAGUCUCAGAACCCCAACAAUUUCUUCCGGCAUCAUUGUUGAAAGGUGCUGGCCUGAUGGCACAUGUCGACAGGACACUACCAUCCCCAACUGCCCAAUCCUUCCUCAAUCGGUUCUUCUUGGGUGCAACCCGUGGAAGCAAGAUUACACCGGGUUCCGUGGUCUCUGUUACAUCAACCAAUGGCAUCUUCGCUGGUGUUGUCAUUUCCGUGCGGAAUAAAGGUGCCGAUGCGAACUUUACCCUUCGGAACGUCAUUCAACGGACGGGCGUCGAGUUUCGAUUCAAUGUAAGUUCGCCGCAUAUAAAAGAUAUUAAGGUUAUCUCGCGUGCGGGUGGGAAGGAACCGAGGGAUGGAAAGAGGAUGAGGAGGGCCAAGCUAUUCUAUUUGAGAGAUCAACCUGCGAAGAUGACGGCUAUCUCUGCUUCAGUUAAGAAAGCAUCUCAAUAGAUGAACAUGUGCGGCCUCUCU